AUGGGUCUAAAUAACAAAAUGUACGGUUUACUGUGUGUGGUGCUGCUAUCCUUACUUCCAAGUCAAAAUGCAGAUGCGGCAGCUGUAAUAUCUAUUGAUUUUGGGUCCGAAUGGAUGAAAAUCGGUAUUGUAUCACCUGGUGUACCAAUGGAGAUUGUGUUAAAUAAAGAGUCAAAACGUAAAACAAAUGCCGUAUUAGCACUGAGAGACGGUGUGCGAACAUUUGGGGAAGACGCUGUUACAGUGGGCGUAAGAUUUCCGAAGAACACAUACAAGUAUUUACUAGAUCUGCUAGGAAAAUCCUACGAUCAUCCAUUGGUAAAAGCUUAUAGGGAACGCUACCCCUAUUAUGACAUAGAGGCUUCAGAUCGUGGCACUCCUGUGUUUAUACAUGAUGAGAAUACUAAGUUCACACCUGAGGAGCUUGUUGCACAACUCUUAGCCAAGGCAAAAGAGUUUGCUGAGAUCAGUCAUGGGCAACCCAUUACUGAAUGUGUUAUAACAGUGCCUGGUUAUUUUAAUCAGGCGGAGAGAAGAGCAUUAAAGGAUGCAGCGGCACUUGCUGGACUUAAUGUGCUGCAACUUAUCAAUGACUAUACUGCCAUUGGUAUUAACUAUGGCAUAUUUAGGCGAAAGGAAAUCAAUGAUACCCCGUGGUAUACCCUGUUCUUUGAUAUGGGUGCUGUUUCAACUAAAGCAGCUUUGGUUGAGUACAAGACAGUGAAGAUUAAGGAGAAGGGCUAUGUUGAAACUGUACCACAAUUGCAAGUUAUUGGAGUUGGAUUUGACAGAACUUUGGGUGGAUUUGAAAUGACAUUACGGCUUCGUGAGCACCUGAUUAAGGCUUGGGAGGCAAAUGGAGGUGGUAAUGUUAGAGCUUCCCCCCGGGCUAUGGAAAAACUGCUUAGAGAAGCCGAGAGAUUGAAAAUAGUAUUAUCAGCAAAUACAGAACACUAUGCGCAGAUUGAGAAUCUUAUGGAUGACAAGGACUUCAAAGUUUUGGUGACAAGAGCAGAAUUUGAAGAGCUGUGUUCAGACUUGUGGGCGCGAGUGUCGGGUGUAGUUCAACGGGCUGUAGCGGCGGCGUCGGGCUCCGGUGGAGGCGCGAAGCUGGUACUUGCGGGGGGCGCAUCUCGAACUCCCGCUGUACACGAAGCACUUCGCAAAACAGUGGGACAUGAUCCGGCUCGGUCGAUCAAUGCAGAUGAGGCUGCUACUAUGGGAGCUGUGUAUAGGGCGGCUUCCCUCGCUACAGGCUACAAAGUGGCUCCAUUGAAUGUUCGUGAUGCUGUGUUACUGCCCAUCCAAGUGGUUUUUACCAGAAACGUCGAUGGUACUGAUAAAUUGAUCAAGAGAACACUCUUUGGUCCUAUGAAUCCCUAUCCACAAAAGAAGGUAAUAACCUUUAAUAAACAUACAGAUGAUUUCACAUUCUAUGUAAACUAUGCUGAAUUAGAUCACAUACCAUCUACUGAGCUUAAUUAUGUAGGAACAUUGAACCUAAGUCAGGUGGUCUUAACUGGUGUAAGAGACGCUUUAAGCAAGCAUUCUGGGGAAAAUAUCGAACAUAAGGGCAUCAAAGCUCAUUUCAAUAUGGAUGACUCUGGUAUUCUCAAUUUGGUGAAUGUUGAAUUCGUAGCCGAGAAGACUGUAACUGAAGAAGACGAAGAUAAAGACAGUACUCUGUCUAAAAUAGGUAGCACUAUAAGUAAAUUGUUUAGUUCCGAUUCUGAAACACCUGAGAAAGCCGAAGAAAAAGGCGAUGAAAAACCAAAGGAACCAGAAAAGAACGAAACUAAAGCUAAUGAAACAACAACAGACAAACAAAAUGCUACUGAUACUGAAACAAAGCCAAAACCAAAGGUAGUAGUACUAAAAGAGCCGAUCAAGAAUGAGGAGCAAGUCCUUAAUUUACAACCAUUGUCUCCUGAACAAUUUAAAACAUCAAAAUCUAAAAUCAAAGAAUUGAAUGUUAUUGAUAAGAAACGAAUUGAAAGAGAAACUGCUCUCAAUAAUCUAGAAGCCUUCGUUGUUGAUGCCCAAAUGAAAGUAGAUAUGGAGGAGUACGCCGAAUGUGGAACUGCGGAGCAAAUUGAAGAAAUUAAAAAAUUGUGUAGUGAAAUAUCGGAAUGGUUAUAUGAAGAGGGUUAUGAAGCUGAAACAGAGACUUAUGAGGCCAAAUUGACGUUAUUGAAAGAUAAAACUAAUCCUAUUUUCUAUAAACACUGGGAACACAGAGAAAGGCCAGACGCAGUAGCCGCGAUCCGUAGCAUGCUUAAUAGUUCCCAAGAAUUUCUUAAAAUGGCUAAGAACUACACUAAGGAAGCUAAUUCAGAGCGCGAUGUUUUCACAGAUGUUGAAAUCGGCGUAUUAGAAAAGAAAAUUGAUGAAACUGAAUCUUGGCUGAAUAAGUCGAUAGAAGAACAGAACCAAUUGAAAAAGAAUGAUGACAUUAAAUUAACUGUUGAUAGCAUUAGAGAGAAAAUGUCCAAUUUAGACAGGGAAGUUAAGUAUCUUGUUAACAAGAUGAAAAUAUGGCGGCCUAAGAAGCCUGCUAAAAAGGAAAGUGAUAACAAGACAGAGAAUAUAAUAGAAACUGAAAUAAAUGAAGCAGAGCAAAAAGAGAAAGUGGAAGAUGGAAAAGAGAAAACUGAAAACCAAGAUGAGAAACCAGAAAUUUCAUCUGAACAGAUGGUAGAUACUGGAGGCGAAAAGGAAGAAAUGCCGCAAAUAUCUGACGGCACUCCCGAACAUUCCGAAUUAUAA